AUGAUAUUGCAAGUUAAUACAUAUCGUAGUAUUACCGAAUUAUUAGAUCGUAAAAUUUUAUUUGGUGGCAAAUGUAUUCGUGGUUUUACAGCUCAUAAAACAAAUGAUCCGAUAUGCGAAGAAGCAGAUGUAUUCGAUAACACAAUUCGUACAGUUGUUAUUGAUAACGAUUUCAUUCGUGAAAAUUGUACAAAAGGUCAUGAUUGGGCGAUUAUUGAAGUUGAACAACCAUUUGUAUUUACCGAUAAAGUACGACCAAUAUGUUUACCAUUGAAAAAUGAAAAGUUGCAAAAUAUUUUAAUGAUCUUUGGAUGGGGACGACAGAAUC